UUUCAAAAAAGCGUGCUAGUGAGGAAGCGGGGGCGAGUGUGAGGGGAAAAAGAGGACAGAUAGACAACCUGCUACAACCUGUCCUUAAGUGCACGCUGAAUUUGGACGUCUGAGGGAUUUAUGAAAAGGAAUAGCACACGUUUGUUCUGUUAUUUCCUGAGUUUAGCUGGAUAAAUCCUAUUUUUUUCCCUCCCCAGUCUUGGCUGGUGUACAGGCACUCCGUACUGAUCCAUUCCAAUGCAGGUCGAGCUGAGCUGAACGCACUGCACUGAGCUGAGCUGUAACAAGCGACGAGCUGAUCUUAUCUCUUAUUUCUGAAUUAAACAAACACAAGGACUGCUUUUUAUUCAGUCUAACAAGCGGCCAGUCUGUCAGCUGUUUUUUUUUUGCAGUGUGUCUCAAUGGAGAACUGCGGUCGGGACUCUCCUGGGAGCUGGAAUAGGACAUAAAGAAUCCUGUGGGUUUUUAGAUCUCCGAAUAAAAAAGUCGACGUAAAUCUGAGAUCAAGCCAGAAGACUCGCUAUGGAUUUCAACAACCUGGCAGCUUUGUGGAUCGUCUGUUUAUGCGUGCUCGGGGACUGUCGAGCCGACAAGCUCAAUCAAGCCACUACAGAGCCUCAACAAUUCGACAAUGAACUGUGCCGCAUCGAUGAGCCCCUGUGCCAAGACGAAAACGCCAUCCUCAGUUUCGAGGCCAUCCGGAGCAUCCACAAGCAGAUGGACGACGAUGCUAACGGGAACGUGGACGUGGCAGAGACAGACGGGUUCUUGAGAGAGGACCUGAACUACCAUGACCCCAAAGCCAAGCACAACAGCUUUCAUGGCGAUGACCAGUUCAUCAGCGUGGAGGAUCUGUGGAAUGCAUGGAAGAGCUCGAAAGUGUAUAACUGGUCGGUGGAUGAGGUGGUGGAAUGGUUGGAAGCCUACGUGGAGUUGCCGCAGUACGUGGAAGCUUUCCGGAAAAUGAACAUUAACGGGACGUCUAUGCCUCGUCUGGCUGUGAAGAACUCCACUCUCACUGUGACCGUGCUGAAGAUUCUGGACCGCAGUCACACUCAGAAACUUCAGCUGAAGGCCUUGGACACUGUUCUGUUUGGAGCCCCAAUGAUGAACAGCCACAACCAUUUGAAGGAUUUCAUGCUUGUGGUGUCGAUAGUCAUUGGUAUGGGAGGCUGCUGGUUUGCUUACAUCCAGAACCGCUACUCCAAAGACCACAUGAAGAAGAUGAUGAAAGACCUGGAAGGUUUACAGAGGGCUGAGCAGAGCCUCCAUGACCUCCAGCAAAAGCUGCGAAUUGCCCAGGAGGAGCACCGCACCGUGGAGGUGGAGAAGGUAAACCUGGAGCAGAAACUCCGAGACGAGAUCAACUCUGCCAAGCAGGAGGCUCAGCGGCUGCGAGAGCUUCGGGAGGGAACGGAGAACGAGCUCAGCCGGCAGAAAUACGCCGAGGAAGAGCUGGAACAGGUACGCAUGGCCCUGAAGAAGGCUGAAAAAGAGCUGGAGUCGCGCAGCAGCUGGUCUCCGCCUGAAGCUCUGCAGAAAUGGCUGCAGCUCACACAUGAGGUGGAGGUGCAGUACUACAACAUCAAGAAGCAGAACGCCGAGAAACAGCUGCUGGUCGCCAAAGAGGGGGCGGAGAAAAUUAAAAAGAAGAGGAACACGCUGUUCGGGACGUUUCACGUGGCACACAGCUCCUCACUAGAUGAUGUGGAUCACAAAAUCCUGGCAGCCAAGCAGGCCCUGGCAGAGGUAACAGCUGCCCUGCGAGAGCGUCUGCACCGAUGGCAGCAGAUCGAGACACUGACAGGUUUCACAGUAGUGAAUAAUCCGGGUCUGCCCUCGCUGGCCUCCGCUCUCAACCUCGACCCCAGCUUCAUGGGAGGCCGGGCUACGCCGCAGACCAUAAUCAUGUCUGAAGACAUGGACGACAUGGACGAGGACAUCGUGGCACCUGGACCUCUGCAAUCUCCCAGUAUGAUGUCUCUUCGCCAAAGGCACAUUGACCCGCAGCUGGCCUUGGGCUCUCAAAGGGAUCUGAAUCGCUCCGAUUCGGACUCGUCUCUGUCCGUAUCUCAGACCAGCGAUCAGCUGCGCCUGUCGUUGAGCUCCAAGACUCCUCCCAUGAAGCCCACGUCUCUCCUCCACGGUUCCUACUCGCGCUCCGAGGAAUCGGCUCCUUUCCACACUCCCAACGGAGGAAACCGAGUUGCCGACUCGACCGGCUCUCCCGACGCAGGCUCGGACAGCCCCAUCCUGAUGAAAAAGAUCUACAGCAUGGGGAAGUCAGCCAGCAUGAGCGAGAUCCACGGCUCCAUUUCGGAAUCCUCGCGCUCCUUAAGCCCGAACUCGACCGAGCCGGACACCCCGUCCCCCACGGCGCUUCCCGGGCUGGCGACGCUGAAGGGCGGGAGCCGCAUCCCUCAGAUCUCAUCGAAGAAAAGCCCGCUGGAGGAAGACAGCUACUCUACAGGCGAAGACACUGACUCCACAAGCCGCAAGAAACACACUCCGUUCAAGAUCUUCAAGAAACAGAAGAAGUAAUGAGGGUUUAGUUAUAGACCGAUCCAAAAAAAUGCGUCUGUGCUCCAUUAUUGCAAUGGAUGUCCCGAUUAUUUAUGUAGUGGCACACGCAAAUGCCUUGGCGAGGAUUUUGUAGGUACUUCUCAUAGGGGACUUCAGGAGGCGUUCUUGUUGUUUUUAUUCCUCUGCUUCUCAGUUGUUGUUUUUUUUUGUUUUCUUCAGAGGAUUUAACUCCGGGAUGUCAGCGGGACGUGGGAAUGUAAAGUUAUUUAUUCUACAGCAGGCAGUGCCACAUUGUCUCUCCCUGAAUUCUUGCUCUUUUCCUCGUACACUCCUGAUCGGCUUGCAUGUCUUGGCUGAAAUUUUCGAAUGCUCUUAAAUGUUUGCUCGGUUCUCGUUUCCUGCAGCUUGAACACAAAGUAUCAGGUGUUCUGUUUGUGUUUUGUUUUUCGUUGUUCUGUUUAGUUCUUUGUCCUGGGAAAUUUUAAUUAAUGGACGUUUUAAAACCGUGUGUGUGAUUAGUGCUAGUCAAAGGCCAGGGGAGCAAAAAAAAAAAAAAAAAUUAAGUUAAAUAAGAAAAAGGGCUGAAUCAUGUUUGUGAAAUCCUCCUUAAAUCUGUUGCACUACUGCUGAAUGUUAGUGAAUCGGUUUCGCGGUCAGUUUAAAGAGUAUCUCUUAUGUACGUCAUGAGUCGUGGAGUCCAGACGGAUAACGAAA